GCAGACGUUCCGCUGGGCGGGACCUUGUACCUACAUACCGACGAGAUGGUGAUUCCAACUCCCGCUCCUUUCUCCGACCCAUAUUGUCGGUCGGUGAGGCGGACUCUUGCGGGUGGAUAAAAUCCCACUUUUCCGUUCCGACCCAGUGCAGCGGCGGAAUAUAUGUACGGGGGGCGGUCCCACCCCCCAUCCGCUCCCAGCGAAGAACAUUCGAUACGACGUUACAUGGCCAGAAAGCUAUGUUCACAGGCUUCUAUGCGCGUGAUGCACCGCCAAGCGGUAUACUCGACGCCGCCACCAUCGCAGCCCAAGGACUUCCGACCGACUCGCUUACGCCGCAGUUGACCAUCUCGGCGGGGAUACUGUCCGCCGUGGCGACGCUGAUCGUCCUGUUCCGCCUCUAUGGACGCGCCGUGAUCUUGAGGGUCGUCGGCUGGGACGAUUAUUGUGUCAUCAUUGCCGCCGUACUCGCUCUCGGCCUCACGGGAACAAUGUUCGCCAGCGCCCACUACGGUCUCGGCCAGCACGCCUGGAUGGUUGGAUACGCCAACAUCGAGAUGAUCCUGAAGUACGGCUACCCCCUCCACAUCCUAUACAUUCUCAGCCUCGGCUUCUCGCGGUCCUCGCUGCUCCUGCAACUCAUUCGGCUGGCGCCAACGCCGCGGCUGCGCAAGGCGUUCUGGUUUCUCUUCGGCUUCAGCACGUGUUUCACGCUGGCAGCCUUCCUCUCGCACGCGCUGAUCUGCAAGACGAAGCCGUACCUGUUCUGGGAGUCCAAGGACCCAACUGCAGACGUGCGCACGGGGCGGUGCAUCUCGUACGGCACGCUGCAGCUCGUCAUGGGCGUCAUCAACAUCUUUACCGACUUUGUCGUGUGGUUGAGUCCGCUGCAGAUUAUCUACAGCGUGCGCUUGCCCCGCUCGCAGAAGGUCGGGCUAUUUAUCGUGUUUGCGUUUGGCGGGUUGGUCUGGAUCUCUGCUAUAGUCCGCCUCUACUACGCCCGCGUGGCCGCAAAAAUGAUCAGCGAGAACAUAACCGUAGACCCAACCUACCGCGCCCUCCCCAUCGCCCUCUGGUCCAAUAUUGAAACGCACAUCGCCAUCAUCUGCUGCAGCAUACCGACGCUCCGGCCGUUCCUGAGACGACUGCUGCCGGCAAGCAUCAUCCCCACCAGCAGCUCCAGGUCCAGGUCCAGGUACAGGGCGAACGACCAGUCGUAUCCGUACGAGCUGGAAGGCGUCGAACAGUUCAAGAAACUGAAGCCCGAUAACACGGCCGGGACGUCGAGGGAGAGGGUCGUGGAUGUUUAGACAGGAGUACUUUGGUAGUCAGUGCGUAAU